AGUCCGAGAGGUUACAGUUGAACAACAGUAUUAUUUAAAAGCAGAACUUCGCUGAGCGAAAGAAAAGUUAAAAAAGCGGCAAAUCUUUUUCUAAAACUACAUAACCUUAAAUCUAAAGAAGUAAAAAACUCAAAAUGUCGUUAUCCCAUUUAAUUACAUUGGUUGAUGCUCUAAGCGAGCCUCGAAAUCCCGUCUACGAUUUUGGCAUGGGCAUGAACCCACGCCACUUCCAAACCAGAAGCAUGAAUCAGUCGUUGCUGAGCCCUUGGCAGUGCCCACAUCCUGAAUGCCCGACCUCGCCAGUUGGAAAGAUUUUGGCCAGUCGCCGCGGUCGUGGUGAUAUGACAAAGCUAAUGAAUGGCGAGGUCGAUGCAUGGAGUAUGCCUAUCGCUCAGGUGGGCAAAGAUGGCUACCAGGUGUGCAUGGAUGUCGCUCAGUUCACUCCCAGAGAGCUGAACGUAAAGGUGGCCGACAACUGGAUUACGAUCGAGGGCAAGCACGAAGAACGCGAGGACGGCCAUGGCUACAUCUCGCGCCAUUUUGUGCGUCGCUAUGCCCUGCCCAAGGGCUUUGAUGGUGAUAAGGUUGUCUCCUCUCUGUCAUCCGAUGGCAUUCUCUCUGUGAGCGUGCCGAAGCCGAAACCCACUGAGGACAAGACCAAUGAGAGAGUGGUUCAAAUUCAGCAAGUGGGCCCAGCUCAUCUGAACAUCAAGCGCAACGAGGAAGAGUCAAAAGCUAAAACUCCCACCAAUGGAAGCAGCACCAAGUAGAAUCUGCAAACUGAUAGCGAACGAUCAGCGUUAACCAAACUCAACCGUAUUCCCAAUCAUGUUCCAAUAUAU